AAGAAAUGUAUUUAAUCCUUAACAUUUGUAUUUGUUAUUCAUAACUGAAAGUGAAAUUAAAUAGGCGAAGUAAGCGAUCACGUGUUUGCGUCGUUGUAGGAAGAGCGAUAUCCAGAGUACGUGCUACAUCCGUGAUUAGCUGAACAUGGCGCAGGGGAAACAGGCCAUCGGUGGACUGUAAACAAGAGGACAUUUUGGGAUAAGAUUGACAUCGUACCAUGCACGUGUGAAAUGGUCUCAAACUCGAUAUACUGGACCACUUGUUCUGCUUCAUUGAUGACUACGAGGCGACAGAUUGAGUGCAACACAUCCAAUUGCAUUCAUAAACAUUUUUAUAGGACUUCAAACCCCUGAGCAUUGUGUUUUGGAUAUUUAAACAACAAAUCCUUGUUUUAUUGUGGAUGACAUACUUGCAUGACCAAAUGGCUUCAACUGGAAAAGUCAAACGGAGUAAAGAUCUGCCUCAAGGCGCUGAGAGGUUGAAAGAGGAGCACAGAAAGGUGGUGAAAGAUUGCAGAAGUCAAAUUGAGCACUGGAAUAAAGUGGAAAAAGACUAUGAAUCUCUUCAAGACCGCCUCAGGACUUUGCCUGACAAGUUGUCUUAUGAUAUUAUGGUACCAUUUGGUCCCUUGGCUUUCAUGCCUGGAAAGCUAGUUCACACUAAUGAGUUAACAGUGCUCCUCGGGGAUAACUGGUUUGCAAAGUGUUCUGCCAAACAAGCCGACACUCUUGUGGAACACAGAAAGAAACAUGUCAAAAAUGCGCUAGAUGACUUACAGAAAGUGAUGAAGAACUUUCAGAAUAAAGACGACUUUACAGAUGAUCUGGAAAAACUGGCUGGUGAUACUGAAGAUUUUGUAGACAUUAGAGAAGAGGUAAUAAAUGAGGAAGAAUUUACCAAAGGAAAACGUUUGGCCCACAAACCCAAUUCUAAACCUAAGCAGGAGUAUUUGUCAGAUCUGGAAGAGGACACAGAGAAGAAAGAAGGCGAUGAAGAGAGAACGACAGGGCUGCUGUCAGAGGAGGAGCUGUGGGCCCGACUUGAUGAACUAGAGUGUGAGGAGGAACUUCAAGAUGAGAGAUACCGACAUGCGGUCAGGAUAAAUACAGGAAAGAACACCACUCUAAAAUUCAGCGAAAGAAAUGAACAAAAGGUACAAGCCAAGCGGAAAAAAAAAAGUGGCAAAAGUAACGGCCUUUCUCCUCAUGAAAGUUACAAGAUCACAAGCCCAGCAGACAUUUAUAGGGUGUUUGUGGAUUUGGUGAAUGGAGAGCCAAUACCACGCAAGUCCAUUUUGAAGUCCCGCAGCCGUGAGAACAGCGUGUGCAGUGACACCAGCGAAAGCAGCACAGCUGACUUUGAAGAGCGCCGUGCGGCUUUUGGACGCUCGUGGAGCCAUGAUGACGCCACACACAGUGAUACCAGCGAUGGCAUUACAGAGGAGGAAAGCCCCACUGGAACGAGCCCCCGCACUAACGGACGCUUUGAGGCUUUUACAGGCACAGUGAUUGAAAAGGAGCCCCUGCCUUGCUCCAUCCCAUACCUGACCAUCGCCCCUCCUGCCUUACCCACAAUCCCCGAGAGAAAGCUGGAGGAGGUGGGCCCCGAAGCUCUUCAGGAGCCACCCAAGAGGAUGUCCAAGUUUAAAGCUACACGGUUGCAUCAGACAUGAGUUCAUCUCAUCAACACACAACUUUUAAAUUCGGUUUUGUACAACAGUAACUCCUAUAGUCUGACUUUCUCACUAGCUGUCCUCUUCCUCUGUCCUCCACACUACUUCUAUACUGUCAUCUGUCUGUUUUUUUGUUUUGUUUUGUUUUGUUACAUGCACCCUGGACAUUUUAUUUGCUCUGUAAGAGUAAUUUGCUUUUUUAUAUGCCAGAUGGUUUGUUUAAAGGGAUAGUUCACCAGAA